UUAAGAACAUAAAGGGAUCUUGACACCAAAAAGUUUGAGAACUGCUGCAUUAUUGCAACUAGUAAUUUAAAUAUCAUUCUUAGAGUUUUACAUUAUUAAAUUGAAGUUAAACAAACACAAGCUUUCUAAACCAAACAACUAGAGUAAAAACAUUAAUUUGAAGUUUUUUUUUUCCCAAUGAGAAAAAUCAUAGACUGUCACCUUUACCAUUUAUUUACUUGUGUCUCCUAGCCCUUUCCACAAAGAAUAACCAAUUCUUUAAAAUUGGGAAGUAUAUUAAAUUAUUACCUUUAAAAUUAAAAUAUAUUAAACUUUGUAGCAAAGGAAUGCAAAUUAAAGUCAAAUAACCCCCCUGUGUUUUUAUCCAUCAUAUUGACAAUAGUUUAAGUAUUGUGGGUCGUUGCAAAUGACAUUAAAUGUCCAUGCAGGUGUUCUGUUGCUAACAGUAUAAACUGAAAAAAUCUUCUGCAGGACAGUUGGCAUUAUGAUGUCAAAUGCUUGGAAAGUCUAUGUUUCUUUUGAUAGAAUUCAGUUCUUGGUAGAAAAUUUAAGGAUGGGACCAAAGAUUCAGUUAUAAGGAUAUUUGAAUCAUAUCCUGUGAUUGUGUAGCAGUUCUCAAACCUUACACUUUUUUUUCCCCCAAGCUUCAUGCUCUUUGUAUCAUCUUUAUACUAUUAAAAUUGAGGCUCCCAAAGAGCUUUGGUUCAUGUGGGUUACAUUUACCAAUAUUAACCAGUGUUAGAAAUUAAAACAGAAACUUGAAAAAUAUUAAUGUAUUUAUUUACAAAUAAUACGCCCAUUACAUGUUAACAUAAUUAUUGUUAUGAAGGACAAGUUUGAGCCAGGUACAGUGACCCAAGCCCAGCUACUUGAGAACCUGAGGCAGGAGGAUUGUUUGAGCCCAGGAGUUCAAGUCCAACCUGGGCAACAUAGCAGGACCCUGUUUUUUUUGAAAAAACACAGUGCAAAAAAAGACAAAUACGUUUUCCAAAACAAAAGCUGUACCGAGAAGGGUGUAAAUCUUUUAUCUUUGACUUCACAGAAGACAGCUAUAUUCUCAUAUCUGCUUUUGCAUGAAAUCUGUUAGAAUAUGUUGCUUUAGUUGAAGAAUAUGAAGAAAAUUCGGCCUCACACAGAUGUCUAGUUGCAAAAAGUAGAUGUAUUUUAAUGUCCACUUCAGAUAAUUGUGGAUAUUCUUUGAUACUACACCAAAGCUCAUCAACAAAUGCUAGUUUUUUAAAGGUUAGAACAAUGGGAUUCUGAAAACCUAUGAAUGAACUUUUUGUCCCCUGUAACAUUAACAUCCAUGGGUCUGUCUUGUACUUUGAAUGGAUUGAUUUUUUUUUUAACCUAAGCAAGAUUUUGUAACAUCAUGCAUGAGUCAUUUGUGUAUUGCAAAUGUUGACAUAGUAUCAGAAUCACACCAGUCUCAUCGGAAAAGCCUUUUAAAUGCAUUGAGAAGCCAACAGAGUCAAAGCAGUAGAUACAAGUUUUCUAAAAUUCUGAUUUUCAAUUGAAAGCUUGCAUUUUAUAAUUGGUGACAAUUGCUGUUGUUUUCCUUGACGUGAUGGGCAUGCUUUAUUCAGUUUUGGAAAAAUUUCUGCCAGAUAUCCAAUUCUGAAUAAUAAUUAGUUCUUUUAAGUAAAAUUACAUUCAUGAAAGCAGCAGCUAGUUUUAAGCUCACACGUCGAAGAAUAAUAGCAUAAAUGCUUUUUCUCAAGACAACAAUGCUAUUUCUGUUUAUGCCAGAAGUAGUACUUUAUUUGUACCUCCCAUUUUAUCACUCAGAAUAUUAAAAACAUGUAUUUAAUGGUUGAGAUUCAAGAAAAUAGUUUUUACUCUUCUUCAAAGACAUUCUUAAGUGAAGUCACCUUUUUAAAAUGUGAGUGCCCAGUGGUAAGGAGUAGACUCGUGGCUUGAUGGUGCAGCCUUGGUCAGGGCAGAGACAUUUGCAGUUUCAUCCUCUUUUGCUUUUGCAUCAUCAGGGCAAGUGUCAACACAGUGGAAAAGCCGAAUAAUACCUUGCCAUCAUUAUGAAAAGAGUUGUGACCUCAGGAGCCCCCUGAAAGGGUCUCUGGAUCCUUUGUGGGUCUGAGGAUUACAUUUUGUGAAUCACUGUUAAUAGAGCAACAUUAGAAACAAUACAAAUGUCUAAAAAUUAGGGGUGGAUUAAAUAAAUGUUAUAUGGCAGAAAUAUAAUUUUAUUAAAGUUUAUGUUAAAUAUAAGGUUAUAACACAAUAUUUUUCUGUUUUUGGCACCUCUCUAAUGAGGAAAUCAGCAUUCUUCAAAGAAAAUAAAGGCGUUGGUUCUGAGCCUCAGUGCUUCCAUUUAGUUGAUGCCUUUGUGAUUAAGAAAAGGGAAGUUGAAAGGCAGAAGGUGGCAGUUACUGUCUUCUCCAGUAGGCUAAGGGAUGUUUGUACAGCAAUUUUAUUUUUACAGUAAAAGGAAUUGGCAGUGGUAUCAAUCAUUUUUAGAUACUUUAUAAUAAUAAUAAUAUGUGGAAUGUGCCUUCGAAUGAAAUUCCUCCAGUAGACUCAAUUUCUCUUUAGGCAUUUUCUGAUUUACAUUUUCCCGUUGUGUUCUUAAUUGAGAGAGCUUUCAGUUGCUGCAUAUUAUUUAGCUUCAGACUGAAUUAAAGAAAUGAGUUAUAAGCAGGUUAGAAGGCUACUGUUGAGUCCCUUGGGCUUCCUGCUAAGACCUCCACACAGGGCGUUCCUGAGGUGUAUUAUCUGUGCUCUGCAGCAGGGAGGAACCCUUUUUGUGAGCGGCAUCAUUGAAGAUUGGCUGCUUUGUGCAUUUGAGGCCAAGAAGCUUGAGAGAAGAAAAAUUUCAGGAAAAUUGUCUCAAUUUGACUAGAAUAUCAACGAACCAGGAAAAUUGAAGCACCUUCCCUGAAGAAAACUUGGGUGUACAGUAACUCCACAGACAGAGCUGAGGGUUUUUUACCCAAAUCAGUCACUGGAUUUUGCUGCCUGAUACAUGAAUCUGUUUGGAAUUUUUCUCAUGUGGAUCUAAGGGGAAUGCUUUAUUAUGGCCGCUGUUGUCCAACAGAACGACCUAGUAUUUGAAUUUGCUAGUAACGUCAUGGAGGAUGAACGACAGCUUGGCGAUCCAGCUAUUUUUCCUGCUGUAAUUGUGGAACAUGUUCCUGGUGCUGAUAUUCUCAAUAGUUAUGCCGGUCUAGCCUGUGUGGAAGAGCCCAAUGACAUGAUUACUGAGAGUUCACUGGAUGUUGCUGAAGAAGAAAUCAUAGACGACGAUGAUGAUGACAUCACCCUUACAGUUGAAGCUUCUUGUCAUGACGGGGAUGAAACAAUUGAAACUAUUGAGGCUGCUGAGGCACUCCUCAAUAUGGAUUCUCCUGGCCCUAUGCUGGAUGAAAAACGAAUAAAUAAUAAUAUAUUCAGUUCACCUGAAGAUGACAUGGUUGUUGCCCCAGUCACCCAUGUAUCCGUCACAUUAGAUGGGAUUCCUGAAGUGAUGGAAACACAGCAGGUGCAAGAAAAAUACGCAGACUCACCGGGAGCCUCAUCACCAGAACAGCCCAAGAGGAAAAAAGGGAGAAAAACGAAACCACCACGACCAGAUUCCCCAGCCACUACGCCAAACAUAUCUGUAAAGAAGAAAAACAAAGAUGGAAAGGGAAACACAAUUUAUCUUUGGGAGUUUUUACUGGCACUGCUCCAGGACAAGGCUACUUGUCCUAAAUACAUCAAGUGGACCCAGCGAGAGAAAGGCAUUUUUAAAUUGGUGGAUUCUAAAGCAGUGUCCAGGUUGUGGGGGAAGCACAAAAACAAACCUGACAUGAAUUAUGAGACCAUGGGAAGAGCACUCAGGUACUAUUACCAAAGGGGUAUUCUGGCAAAAGUGGAAGGUCAGCGCCUGGUGUAUCAGUUUAAAGAAAUGCCAAAAGAUCUUAUAUAUAUAAAUGAUGAGGAUCCAAGUUCCAGCAUAGAGUCUUCAGAUCCAUCACUAUCUUCAUCAGCCACUUCAAAUAGGAAUCAAGCCAGCCGGUCGAGAGUCUCUUCAAGUCCAGGGGUAAAAGGAGGAGCCACUACAGUUCUAAAACCAGGGAAUUCUAAAGCUGCAAAACCCAAAGAUCCUGUGGAAGUUGCACAGCCAUCGGAAGUUUUGAGGACAGUGCAGCCCACGCAGUCUCCAUAUCCUACCCAGCUCUUCCGGACUGUUCAUGUAGUACAGCCAGUACAGGCUGUCCCAGAGGGAGAAGCAGCUAGAACCACCAGUACCAUGCAGGAUGAAACAUUAAAUUCUUCUGUUCAGAGUAUUAGGACUAUACAGGCUCCAACCCAAGUUCCAGUGGUUGUGUCUCCUAGGAAUCAGCAGUUGCAUACAGUAACACUCCAAACAGUGCCACUCACAACAGUUAUAGCCAGCACAGAUCCAUCGGCAGGUACUGGAUCUCAGAAGUUUAUUUUGCAAGCCAUUCCAUCAUCACAGCCCAUGACAGUACUGAAAGAAAAUGUCAUGCUACAGUCACAAAAGGCAGGCUCUCCUCCUUCAAUUGUCUUGGGCCCUGCCCAGGUUCAGCAGGUCCUUACUAGCAAUGUUCAGACCAUUUGCAAUGGAACCGUCAGUGUGGCUUCCUCUCCAUCCUUCAAUGCUACUGCACCUGUGGUGACCUUUUCUCCUCGCAGUUCACAGCUGGUUGCUCACCCACCUGGCACUGUAAUCACUUCAGUUAUCAAAACUCAAGAAACAAAAACUCUUACUCAGGAAGUAGAGAAAAAGGAAUCUGAAGAUCAUUUGAAAGAGAACACUGAGAAAACAGAGCAGCAGCCACAGCCUUAUGUGAUGGUAGUGUCCAGUUCCAAUGGAUUUACUUCUCAGGUAGCUAUGAAACAAAACGAACUGCUGGAACCCAACUCUUUUUAGUUAAUAUACCAAAGCUUGUGGAUGAUUGUUUGUUAAUUGAACAUUUUCAAUUAUAUGCAAACUGAUUGAUUCUAAGAUAAAGUCUAAGGAGGUUUCUAAUUUUGUAAUUGUUAAAGAUAGAGUUAAUUUUGGUUUUGUUAGAUGAGGGAGGAAAACUCAACUGUUUCUCUUUGUUAUCUAAAUGUUUCAGAAUUCAGUCGUGAAGGAACAGGCAUUUUACACUAUGAAGACAUUCUUUUGAGAUUCUUUUUUCAGUUGCUAUAUCAUAAGCAUUUUUAAAGUUUCUUUUCUAAUUUUACAUUGUAUUAGAUUUUCUGAUUCUUUUGUAAAUACAGAACUUAAAUAGAAGGCAACAGGAAAUUUAUAUAGGAACUAUUUUCAUUCCACUUGUAUAAGUUAAGUCUUGACUCUUUCAAAUGCAAAAAACCUAUUUUAUGCUUUGUUAAAAUUAUGGUGUCACUUAGAUUGACUUUAGUUGGCUGUACUAUAUAAUAUAGAACUAUGAAUAUGUAAAAUAACAUGAAAAAUUGGAGGUGCUGGUGGUGUGGCUGACCCUGUUUCAGAAGCAGGAUAGUGUAAAAGCAUCAGCCUAAGAAUGGCACUCCCACUAACUCGCUAUGUAAUCUUGACCUCUUUGGGCUUUAGUUCUUCUCAUAAAAGGAAGAGAUGUGUUGGACUAGACUAGAUGAUCACCACUGUCUCUUCUAGUUCUAAUCUUUUUAAUUCUAAUACCUGUAUUUUCAAGUUAUGUCAAUUAAAUCAUUAUCAGGUUAUUUCCUAAUGUAAGAAUAGCUGAAAUGUUGCAGAGAAAUAAGUGACCCAACAAAAUUUAUUCAUCUAUGAUGGGUAAGAUUUGCCAUAAAUUCUUCCUAAAUAAUUUGUUUACUAACUCUUUAGGCCACUGAGCUUUGCGGUCCAUUAGUAAACUUGUGUUGCUAAGUGCUAAACAGAAUACUGCUAUUUUGAGAGAGUCAAGACUCUUUCUUAAGGGCCAAGAAAGCAACUUGAGCCUUGGACUAAUCUGGCUGAGUAGUCAGUUAUAAAAGCGUAAUUGCUUUAUAUUUUGGAUCAUUUUUUAUUGGGGGUGGACUUGGGGGGUUGCAUACAAAGAUAACAUAUAUAUCCAAGUUUCUGAAAUGAAAUGUUUUUAGAUUACUUUUUCAACUGUAAAUAAUGUACAUUUAAUGUCACAAAAAAAUUGUCUUCUGCAAAUUUUCUAGUAUAACAGAAAUUUUUGUAGAUGAAAUCAUUAUGUUUAGAGGUCUAAUGUUAUGUUUUCAUAUUACAGAGUGAAUUUGUAUUUAAACAAAAAUUUAAAUUUUGGAAUCCUCUAAACAAUUUUGUAUCUUUAAUUGGUUUAUUAUUAAAUAAAUCAUAUAAAAAUUCUC